AUGCCUCCCAAACCUCGAAAAACCAAAAAACUGAAAACACCUGCAACGGUGAUUGACUCAGAAUCCGAACUGAUGGACCUACCUGAACACGUUGACUCUGCAACUCCUCAAAAACGGUCUGUUAGAGACAAAGGGAUCACAAGACCAAUGGAUGAUCUAGGGGAACAACUUGUAUCGUCCUCUGUCGAACAUAUGGUUACAGAAGGGACUCAUGUUGACAUUACAACCGACAUAAACGGCACGACUAUGACCAAAGAUAUGAAUAAUCAGAACGUAUCUCCCACUGUUGAUGGGGGUAAAAUAGCAAGCAAUGUCCACCUCAAUGCUAUUAUUGAUAUAUUCAGAUCGGGAGAUGAGAUUGUCGGUAAUAUGGAUAAGAAGGUGGCAUCCAAGUUGGCAUCUGUCGAAAGACCAUCUGAUAAAAAGGACUCUUGUAAUGACAACAACGUUAAGGUUAUUUAUAAGCCCGGGACCAAAUUCUCUAACAAGAAAAUUUUGAAAACAAAUUUGUAUGAAGAUAACGGCGAUCCAAAUGACUUUGAUAAUGACUCAGUCAAAACCAAGAAUGAUAAACUGGCUACUCCGUCUGGGUACUGUCUCUUGUUCGUAUACGCUGAUGUGCUCGGUAACGGCGAGUGA